GGGGGAAGUGAAGUAAAAGCCAAGCGGAUCCAGUCUCGGAUCGCAGCUCGAUCGUGAUCAAUAGCAUUAGCAUAUCGCCAUUAUUCCCUAGUUUUUUUCCUCAAUUUGCCUGAAUUAAUUUUGCAACAUCAGCAGAUGAAUUGGACAUUUUGUGCGGGAUUUGUUCAGUCUUUCGGAGUGAAAUCGCAUUAUUCCGUUGUGAUAAAUUGAAAGGGUACUUUUGAUUAAUUUAGCUGACCCCGGUCGACUCCAGUUGACCCAUUAUCAUCAUGUUUAAUUAUUUAAUCGUUAUGGAGUUUUCGUGAAUUUUUGGAGUAGUUGAAUCAACGGAGGUACAUGGAGGGAAAAUGGAAACGGGUCGUUGGCUUUAAAAGGAAAAAAGAAUCAGAAAUAAAGAUGCAGUGGAUGAGCCUCAUAAUCUGCCUGUACGCGGGGAUGGCAUCAGCAAGGACCGAGGAGGACCAGUCCCUUUCUGGUGGAAGCACAGGGAGAGCCUUGCCACCCCCAGAGCGAUGUUUCUACCAGUCCCAGAUGGAGUGCCCCGAGGUUGUCAAACCCGACGACUGUCCCUGCAAGCGGAUUCCCAUUCUGUCUCACACGAGCAACGACGAGAAUGCUGUCUACUGCUGCAACUUGAGUGCCAAGAGCUUCGAGCUUGGUCUCGCCUGUGCAAAUUUUCCAUCAAACGUUUCGUACAUUCACAUAAGGAAUGCAACACUAGACGUCUUCAACGUCUCAGAGGUGAAGUGGAGAAGACUCAAGACCCUGGCAAUAACCGAUGGCCGGAUUAAUCGAAUAAAGGGUCAAUUUCUGAUGAUGACCCCAACCCAGUGCUUGAACUUGUCCAAUAACGGAUUGCUUGAGAUUGAGAAUAAUUCAUUCACAAGAUUAGCGCAACUGACUAGUCUUGAUUUAUCCUACAACAAUGUCACACACCUGCCAGCAUUGAACACCAUGCACGGACGUGAAUUUUGGAUUGACAUAUCGAGUACUAAUACCCUCAUGUGUCACGACGUUUAUCAGUCUAUCAACAAAACUGGGGAGAAACAGAUUCAUUUUAAUAGGGAGAACGAGACACUGUGCUCGGCUAGUAAAACAUGGCACUGGUUCAAUUCCACUGAGCAAGUGCCACUCCAGCAAGUCAGGUAUUUGAGUCAGCUGCAAGCCGAGUGCCCGAAAGGCGACAACUGGCAGUGCCAGUGUAGUUUUCGUCGUAUGGACAUGAUUCAUGGAAUAUCACCGACAUUAGCUGUCAACGUAGACUGCAUUGGUAUGCAGUUGACCGAAUUGCCAGAUCGGCUUCCACGCAACACGAUAUCACUCAAUGUUUCCUACAAUAACAUCACAGUUCUCGAUUACUUGAGCACAAAUCACUGGUACGAGGAUCUCAGGGAGUUUUCCGCUGAUUAUAAUAAUAUAUCGUCGAUCAACAAACUCGAGGGCUCAAAGUUCCUGGAUAAUUACGCAUGCUUGAGUCUACGAUACAAUAAAAUCAAAUCUCUACCGACGUACAUUUUAUCUCUGAACGGGCCUGAUAAGAAUUAUGCAAUCUCCAAAGGCGUGAAACUUGGUGGGAAUGCAUUGCAUUGUGAUUGCAAUACUGCAAAACAUUUAAAGGGAUGGCUGCAAAGCAGGAUUCUCGAUGCCGACGAAGUCCUCUGUGAAAAAAUCAAGGAACGAGUGAUCGAGCUGGAUCCGUCAAAAAUGUGCGUCUAUCCCGGGGAUUGGACUGAUUACAUUUACUAUAUAAUUGCGACUGAAGUCUUUUUGUUGAUAAGUCUCGUGGCAAAGGUAUCCUAUGACUACUGGAUCUUCAAAACUGCUGGGUAUCUACCUUGGCCGGCCAACAAGAUGCCGAAAUUACCUUGCGAUUGGCUGUGCGAGACUUAGGUUUAAUAUAAUGUCGAGCCCCUGAAUAAGAUACCUCAAGGAUUCCCCCCCCCCCCCCUCUCGGUACCUCCCUCGCCUUAUGGGUGAAAAAAUGAUCACAAGGAUCAAACGAAAGGCAGGAACGAAGAGAUCAGAGGGAGCGAAUGGAAUUGGAAGUCGCCGUGAGGGACGAGGGGAGUAAUCCACUCGUGUCUUACGUGACGAAGUGGAAAUUUCACUCGAUUGAGGUAUUUUAUGUCAAGAAUCGGCAGUAUUCUCCAUUGAAAUCUCAAUUUCAAGUAUUCCAGACUCGAAAAAAGACUAAAAAGUUCAUUUUAUCACUUUCGUAUUUAGAGUAUAUUUUUGACAGGAUUUUUACUACCGAAACGAUAUUGAAAUCCAAUAGAUAUUUUUUAUACCGAGGACAAACGAAAAAAUACAUGCUAUAUAUUUUCCCUCAACUACCUAAUCAGAUUUUUUAUUUGAUGAACUCUCGAUGAUAUUGACUGCAUAAUAAUCUAAUUGAUAAUUAGAUUGAACCCAUGACUUUGGAUAUUAAAAAAUAAUGCAUGUAAAUAAAAGUACUCUAGUCGAUAUUGGUGUCUGAUCUAGAUAUUCAAGAGACGUUAAACUCAAAUUUGUUUUUGUAUUUGUAAAAUGCAUUUUCAAUAAAAAAGUAAAAUAAAAUUUUAUUUUAUUGGG